AUACAACCGAGCAUAUACAUACAAAAAGAUUCCAAGGCCUUCUCUUUCGGAUUUCACCGCAUCACCAUAUACACAUAUGGAUGCAUAUGCAGACGUAUAUGUAUAUCUAUAGCUGAGCUGUUAAUCUCCUUGCUUGGGGGGUUUUUGUUUCUCAGGGAACAUCUGUGAGAAGAAAAAUGCUUCUUGUUGUCCAGGUUGAUUGAUUUUAUGCCGUUCAGUGAGUCAAGAUAAAUGGGUUAUGUUAUGGUUUGAUCCCAGUCGAGCCCUGGUUUCUGCUUUAGUGGGUGUAUGUGCAGAUGGCAAGAGAAAGCAAUUUUGGGCGCAAGCCUUACGGUAGGAGGAAGGUCCGAUCUGAGUGCAAGGGUUCUGAUGAAUCUGAUGAAGAUUACAUGGUUGAUGAAAAUGAAUGUGAUGAGUCAGAGGAUGAAUACUCUUCCUUUGCUGGGGAUGAAUCUGAGGAGAUUCUAGGUGAAUGUGAAUAUGAGGAAGAGGAUGAUGAGGAAGAGCUGGAGAGGAAGAAGGUUAAGAAGGUUGCUAGACAAAGAGAACCACAGAGAAAGAAAAACAGAGCUGUAAAACCAAGAAAAAGGAAAAGAGUUUCGUACAGGGAAGAUGAUGAUGAAGAUUAUGACGAUGAUGAUAAUGAUGAGGACUUCAAACCAGAUGAAGUUUAUGGUGUAGAUGAUGAUGACGUUGAGUUGCCCGUAACAAAAGGAAACAAGAAGUUGGGCAGGGCACGGUUGCAUAAGGACAUUUCCAAAGGGGAAGAAGAUGAUGAAGAAGAUGAGCUACCCAUGGCGAAAGGGAAUAAGAAGUGGGGCAAGCCACAGUUGCGCAAGAGCAUUGCCAAAGGGGAAGAAGAAGAAGAAGAUGAUGAUGAUGUUGAAUUCACACUAGAUGAAGUUUAUGGUGCAGAUGAAGAUGAAGAUGAGUUGCCCAUGACAAAGAGGAACAAGAAGGUGGGGAAGUCACGGUUGCACAAGGGCAUUGCCAAAGGGGAAGAAGAAGAUGAUGAUGUUGAAUUCACACUAGAUGAAGUUGAUGGUGCAGAUGAAGAUGAGUUGCCCAUGACAAAGAGGAACAAGAAGGUGGGGAAGUCACGGUUGCACAAGGGCAUUGCCAAAGGGGAAGAAGAAGAAGAAGAUGAUGUUGAAUUCACACUAGAUGAAGUUGAUGGUGCAGAUGAAGAUGAGUUGCCCAUGACAAAGAGGAACAAGAAGGUGGGUAAGUCACGGUUGCACAAGGGCAUUGCCAAAGGGGAAGAAGAAGAAGAAGAUGAUGUUGAAUUCACACUAGAUGAAGUUGAUGGUGCAGAUGAAGAUGAGUUGCCCAUGACAAAGAGGAACAAGAAGGUGGGAAAGUCACGGUUGCACAAGGGCACUGCCAAAGGGGAAGAAGAAGAAGAUGAUGAUGAUGAAUUCACACUAGAUGAAGUUGAUGGUGCAGAUGAAGAUGAAGAUGAGUUUCCCAAGACAAAGAGGAAUAAGAGGGUGGGAAAGUCACAGUUGCACAAGGGCAUUGCCAAAGGGGAAGAUGAUGACGACGACGAUGAUGAAGAAUUCACACCAGAUGAAGUUGAUUGUGCAGAUGAUGAAGAAGAUGAGUUUCCCAUGACAAAAAGGAACAAGAAGCUGGGAAAGACACAGUUGCACAAUGGCAUUUCCAAAGGGGAAGAAGAUGAUGAUGUUGGAUUCGCAUCAGAUGAGGUAGAUGAGGUUGAUGGUGUAGAUGAAGAAGAUGAGUUGCCUAUGGAAAUGGGGUAUGGGAAGUUGGGCAAGUCACGGUUGAGAAAGGGCAUUGCAAAAGGGGAAGAAUAUGAUGAUGAUGAUAAUGAUGAUGAUUAUGAAUUUACACCAGAUGAGGUUGAUGACUUGGAGGAUGAAGAAGAUGAGUUGCCCAAGAUGAAAGGAGGUAGGAAGUUGCACAAGGGCAUUGCUAAAGGUGAACAGAGUAAGACAACCUCUAAAGUCUCAAAGAAGAUCAAAAGGGGGAAAUCUAGAAAUAAAUGUGGAGUAAAGAAGAAAGAGAGAGUCGAUGAAAAGGGGAAGAUAAAUGACAUGAGCUCACUGGAAGCAAAGAAUAAGAUCAUUGUAGAAGGGAGAAGAAACAAAAGGCUUAUUGUACAUUCUGAUUCAGAUUCUGUGAGUUCUGGGCCAUUGGACUAUGAAUACACUAUUUCUGAAGAAGAGAGAGAACAAGUCAGAGAAGCCACUGAAUUUUGUGGAGGCUUGACUGGUAGCUGGAGGUGUCCAGCGAUCUCAAAGAAUUUAAUGGAAAAAGAAACUCCACGGUUACAAAAGAAGCGUUCAAAAAGAAAAGAUAAGGAGAAGGUAGAAGAAUGGAAGACUGAAGCAGGAAAGCAGGUUUGUGGAAUUUGUUUGUCUGAAGAAGGUAAAAGGAGAGUCCGAGGAACAUUGAAUUGUUGCAGCCACUACUUCUGCUUUGCUUGCAUCAUGGAGUGGUCGAAAGUUGAAUCCCGUUGCCCCCUCUGCAAGCAAAGAUUUGUUACAAUCAGUAAGCCUGCAAAAUCAAACGCUGGCUUUGAUUUGAGGACUGUGGUUAUUCAAGUCCCUGAACGCGAUCAGGUCUAUCAACCAUCUGAAGAGGAGCUUAGAGGGUAUCUUGAUCCAUAUGAAAAUGUAAUUUGUACUGAAUGUCAACAAGGUGGAGAUGAUGCUCUUAUGCUACUGUGUGAUCUCUGUGAUUCGCCUGCUCAUACUUAUUGUGUUGGUCUUGGGCAUGAAGUACCAGAAGGUAAUUGGUACUGUGAAGGCUGUAGGCCUACUGCUCUUGAGACCCAACAAAACUUGAAUCUUACACCUGAGAAUAGAACAAGCAACAACUUCUCUGUUGGAUCAUCCCCUGUGACCAAUGUGAGGGAGACUUUUGAUUUAAAUGAGAUGUAUGUACCGGAGGCACCAUUAACACAAGAAGCUUGCCAUGUUCCGUCGCCCAGAAUUGGUCAGGCUGCUUUAUCGGCUUCUGGUUCUGUGGCAUCCACUGUUUCUGACAGGAGAAGGAUACAGCGUCAAAUACACCAAAUUCUUAUUAAUAAUGGUAGAAUGAGACAGAUAGAUAAUAGAACUACUGGGGCAAUGACUAGUGUGACAGGGAAUUAUCUUUUUGGCUCUCAAAUUGGUCAAAUUAGGGAGUUAGCACCUCAACCUGUAGUAGCAGCAUUAGAGAGGGCACCCCGUACUUUUCUUCAUGGAAGAAGGUUACAGGAGAAUAUGAAUGCUUUUGCUACAACAUCCAGCCAUUUGAAUGAGCAAUCAAUUCAAAACCAACCCUCUACAUCAGUUCAGAGCUCAUUUAGUGGAUUAUUCCAAGGUGAAUUUGGAGCGGUUAACUCAGAUAUCGGCUCAGGUCUGGUUCAUCAGCAACUCCAUCCCUGCAGUAGCAGACCUAACAUUGUGCCUGAUGCUAGCACAUCUCCUUAUCAGUUUAGAGAGGCUACAGUACCUUCAAGGACAUGGCAUGGAGGUUACAAUCACCAUUUUAGCUAAAGCCAAGUGAAUUGCAGAUAUCCUCAGAAUCUCGGAAAUUUGUGGACAGGACAGUGAAGUAUCUUAUAUCAUACAUGAGGUCAUUGCAUGCCUUAUUUCAAAUUAUUUUUUUAACGGGGUACAGUGAACAACAUUGUGUCCUUGUUGAUGGAAUAGCGAUCAGGGGAAGAGUGUUGUGUCGUUAUUGAUGGAAUGAAUAGCAAGCAAUCAAUCCGAUCUGAGAAUGGCAUUGCUCACAUUUGACUCUGUUGCAAACAACCAUUUUCUUAGUGUAGUAUUUUCUUUCCAUAUUUUUUCCCCCUACAAUGCCCGCCAUAAUUGAUUGAUUGUCAAUUAUGUUC